CCUUUCUCUCUCCUCUGUCUCUCUCUCUCCCUCUCUAACUCUGUUCCUUUACGCAGAUUCACUCCUCACUUCUUCCUCUCACUACUCUCCUUUUCUCCUCUCUCUUUCGUCUUCUUCUUUUUCUUCCGCACAGAAAGCGGCAACAAACAACUACAAACAAACAAACACACUUUGUUCUGUAACUUUCCUACACAAAACUCGACCCAGUAACUUCAAUCACUUGUCCUUUCUUUCUCUUGACGUUGAAAGAGCUCCGAGAAAACUAACGCGAAAACGACAACGAAAAUGGGUUCUGUCUAGAGAGAGAGAAAGAGAGAGAGACAGAAUCACAUGGGUUGUUUGCACUCCAAGACCACCCACCUUCACUCCCCUGACGACCCUUCUUCUCAGCUCGACUCUCUCAAACCCGACCCAGCGAAUGGAAAUGAUCAAGGAGAUGAAGAGAAUCGAGUUCCGGCGUUCAAAGAGUACGGCCUCAACGAGCUGAGAAAGGCGACGAAUGGGUUCAGCACAGAGUAUAUUGUCUCCGAGAGCGGCGAGAAAGCUCCUAAUGUCGUUUACAGAGGGAAGCUCCACAACAAUCGCUUCGUUGCUGUUAAGCGCUUCUCUAAGCAGUCUUGGCCUGAUGCAAAGCAGUUCGUGGCCGAGGCAGCAGGAGUUGGGAAGGUGAGGCACAAGAGAUUGGUGAAUCUGAUAGGUUGCUGUGUUGAGGGAGAUGAGAGACUCUUGGUGGCUGAGUACAUGCCCAAUGAUACUCUAUCCAAGCAUCUCUUCCACUGGGAAAAACAGCCACUGCCGUGGGGAAUGAGAGUUAGAGUUGCAUACUUUAUCGGGCAGGCCCUCGAUCACUGCAAUGCCGAGAAUCGGAAGAUUUAUCAUGAUCUGAAUGCAUACAGAGUUCUCUUUGAUGAAGAUGGUGACCCUCGUUUAUCUAGUUUUGGCCUAAUGAAAAAUAGUCGAGAUGGUAAAAGCUACAGUACUAACUUAGCCUAUACCCCACCUGAGUUUCUAAGAACAGGAAGGGUCAUCCCAGAGAGUGUAAUAUACAGUUAUGGAACUGUUCUUUUGGAUCUUUUGAGUGGAAAACAUAUUCCUCCAAGCCAUGCGCUGGACUUGAUAAGGGGUAAAAAUGUACUGUGCUUAAUGGAUUCCUCAUUAGAAGGGCAGUACGAGAACGAUGAUGCAACUAAAAUGGUUGAGCUUGCUUCAAAAUGUCUCCAGUCCGAGGCUAGGGAGAGACCAGAUACUAAGUUUCUUCUUACAGCGGUGGCACCACUUCAGAAGCAGAAAGAGGUGGCUUCUCAUGUUUUAAUGGGCCUGCCUAAAAACAAGGUGGCGCAGCCAACCAUGCUAUCGCCCCUUGGCAAGGCCUGUGCAAGGAUGGAUCUUACCUCCGUUCAUGAUAUUUUGCUCAAAACGGGUUAUAAAGAUGAAGAGGGAGCAGAAAAUGAGCUUUCAUUCCAAGAAUGGACACAACAAGUGCAAGACAUGCUGAACACCAAAAAGUUUGGGGAUAUCGCAUUCAGGGACAAAGAUUUCAAGAGCGCAAUCGAGUAUUAUUCUAAGUUGGUUGUUAUGAUGUCUGUUCCUUCGGCUACCGUCUUUGCAAGAAGAGCUUUUUCCUACUUGAUGAACAGCCAAGCAGAGCUUGCCUUAAGAGACGCCAUGCAGGCUCAAGUGUGCAUACCCGAGUGGCCAACCGCAUUCUACUUGCAGGCUCUGGCGCUGUCCAAGCUUGGAAUGGAGACUGAUGCUGAGGACAUGCUCAACGACGGAGCAGCCUUCGAAGCGAAGAGGCACAACAGCUGGCGGAGCUAGACUCAAGUACUUGUGUGGUAGAAAUUUAACUGAGAAGUCCUCUUUUCCAUUGAGGAUAGUCAAAAGCGAAAUGUAGUGAAUUUUAAUGAGAAGUCCGCUUUUUUAUUGAUGAUAGUUAUUAAAAGAGAAAUGUGGUGAAUUGACAUAUUCUAAAGAUAAUUUUCUAGUAUUUAGCUUAUGUUAUAACAAUCCCAAGUAUUUAGCUUAUACAUUAAUAACUAAUAACUCAUU